UCCACCUUCAGGGCGCGGGUCCGAUCUUCAUGUUGUAUGUGCUUCUGGUUUCCUUGCUCGGGUUUUCUCUUCAUGGCACGUCGCUCCUGGUUGCGCAUCUGGGCAUCUAUGUCUGUGGUGCUCGAACUUCCUGGACUGCACCGCUUGCUACAUCGUCGCGAAAUGCUGUACGGAUAGAGGGCCACAGGCGCACGAUCUUGCAUUCGGACAAACCAAUUGUGCUGAAUGCUGAUGGUGGUGGCUUUGUCGCCCUGUCCGCAGUUGUCGACAUACCGCUUUAGGCGGCUUCCCUGUGUUCUUCACAUUACCUAGUUGGGACAUUCUAAUCCUCGCGUUCCUUAUCUUUAUCUGUUAUUUUGCCGUCACCUUUGAAGAAGCCCCAAUGGCUUCCCAAACUUCCCCCGCAUUGGAGCCCUUGUAUGAGGAGUACCAGUAUACGAACCGAUCGCUAAACUACCCGACCAUGGCAGGAUAUCUCCCCGUACACGCGCAACGAGGGCGACUAUAUUACCUCCCAUCCGACCUGCCCAGAUCACAGCGCUUGUCUGAUCCCGAUCUUCCCGCAUCCAACAUUCCGAGACUCUUCACUGCUCGCUCCCGCCGUCCUCAGCGCAUCCACGUCGAGCGGGUCCGCCUUUCCACCCCGUCGGAGCCUCCGAGUGCGAAAGCGACCCCCUACUUGCGGAAAUCGACCACGACGCUCAUCGCCGAAAAGUUCAAUCUGGCGGUCAGCAAAGAGAGCGCCAAGCGGUUCCUUCGAUCGUUCAUCGCCCCACCUUCGGCACCUAGGCCAGACGACCCCCCAUCCCACCCGUCCUUGAACCGGCUAGAGACCACCGAUAUCAGACGGCCGGACGAGCAGGUCGCUGCUCCUUCCGGUCGUAGAAUCGGUCGAUCCGCCUCGUCUCGUGGAGAAGGCCGCCGUCCCGACCGUGCUGCUACAUCGUCGAGCUUCCGCCACUCUCUCGCUGGUCCCAUUACCGGCGCUCCAUCCGCCAUGUCUCUCACAUCCACUCUAAUACCCGCCGUCACGCCUGACGUGCGGGUGCUCAGUCCCCAUCGGCCCCCCCCUACCAACCCUCCUGCCACGAUUUCGACUCCGGAUCCGCGGCCAACGGUGCUGAGGACAACGAAAGUGGAGUCGGAGGAGAAGCCGAUUGCGAGCGGAAAUGGCGUGAGCGUGUUUAUCUCCUUGACGGAGCCCGUCUUGUUUUUGCAGGGGUUCGAACAGUCCGAUUCGGGUGGACGAGGGACAGCGAUGCUGCGGGGAAGUUUACGGGUGAAGGUGACGAAGCCGUCGAAGCUGAAAGGGGUAACCCUGAGGUUUAAGGGGAAGGCGACGACGAAGUGGCCAGAAGGAAUUCCGCCUAAGAAAACCGAGUUUGAAGAGACUGACACGAUCAUGUCGCACACUUGGCCCUUCUUCAACGCACAAUUUCCAACCGCGGAAUUAGGGCCCGGGGCAGAUCACUUCGAGCUCUUUCCCAACAAACUGCCGUUAUCUUCCACGAGUACCCCCGAAAGCAGCAUGACCAUGCAUAAAAGUCGUGCGUCCUUCGACAUUCGCCGCAUCUCUCCACCUAGCACGGCGAACGGACUGAGCAAGUCGGAACAGAAGCGGCUAUCGCUUCAAGUGAACCAAUCUCGAAGUUUUAGCAAGGACGAAACCCCCAUAAAACCGGGGAACAGCGGGUCCAGCGUGUCCCAGAAGGGAUAUCGCACUUUCCAGCCGGGCGAAUACUUCUACAAUUUCGAGCUUCCUUUAGACUCGCAUCUUCCAGAAACCCUAUCCGUUGAUCUUGGCUCUGUCGGAUAUACACUGGAAGCUGAAAUUGCUCGCGCCGGUGCCUUCCGCGCCAAUCUGGUGGGCACGAAACCCGUGGUGCUGAUCCGCGCGCCUUCGGAAGGCAGCUUAGAGCAGGUGGAGCCGAUCGCCAUCUCGAGGAACUGGGAGGACCAGCUUCACUACGACAUCGUCAUUUCGGGGAAAUCCUUUCCGCUCGGGGCCCAAGUCCCUAUAGCUUUCAAACUCACGCCGCUCGCCAAGGUCACUUGCCAUCGCAUCAAGGUUUAUGUGACUGAGAAUGUGGAAUACUGGGCACACAACAAGCGCGUACAUCGGAUGGAACCAACCCGGAAGAUCCAGCUGUUCGAAAAGCGUGCCGACGCACGCGCCGUUAGUACAUAUCCCGGGAGUACCAUGCGGAUAUUAUCAGGUGGUGGUCUAAACUACGAGCAGCGGCAACGAGCAGCGAUGGGAGAGCCCGUCCAGCAGGGCUCAGAUCCUGUGAAUCUCCUAGGGAACCUUGACGGAGAGGCGUCCAUGGCGGCCGGGCCAACGGAAAUGGAGUUCAGUGUCCGGUUGCCGACGUGUCGGGAGCUGAACUCGCCCGAGUCGAGAGGGAAUAGGUUGCAUUUCGAUACGACCUAUCAGAAUAUCCAGGUGCAUCAUUGGAUCAAGAUCGUCAUGCGCCUCUCUCGUCCCGACAAGAAUGACCCAUCCAAACGCCGCCAUUUCGAGAUCUCCAUCGACUCCCCCUUCCACAUCCUCUCCUGCCGCGCCGUGCAAGCCAACCUUGCCCUACCGGCCUACACCUCCGAAAACUUCGGCGCACUUAUCGAGCAACCCAACCUCGCCACCUGCGGCUGCGGUGGCGCCGCUGCCUUGUCCGCCAACCACGCCCCCGGCUGGAUGGCGGAAGCGAGCUCUCGAUCGAACGCCGUGCACCAGCGCGACUACCCACCCCCGCCGGCGUCCGAACCUGGCCUGUCGAACGCGACGCUGCUGGAUCCAUCGUCCGCAACGUCGUCGCAGCCGUCAUCCGGCCGGAGCACGGCUCGGAAUUCCGCAGUGCUGUCCGGCGUUCCCGAAUCGCCAAUCACGCUUCCACGACCCGAAGCAGCGCACAUGGCGGGGGGGACCUCGACCUACACCUCAACCCCCACACCGCCGCCGCACUACGAGAGCAUCGCGAACCCGACGACGGGGCUCGCGGACUACUUCCAGCGGCUGAGCGACGCGUACGCGGGGGAGAGCGGCAGCGACGACGAGGCGCCGGCGGGGAGGAGGAAUCGUGUGGAGGUGCCAUUGACGCCCGGGGGGAGGAGUAGCCGGAGUAUGGAUGGGGUGAGGUGGUGGUUUGGGCAGCAAGGGCAAGGGCAGCAGGGCCAGGGCCAUGGUCAACAGAAUGAUGGAGAAGAUGUAGAAAGGCGGACAUGA